AAAUUCAUAAAAUCUAACUUUGGAGCAGAGUCGCUCGCUGCAGUAGUUAAAACUCGUCGUACGGGACAGAUAACAAAGCGCAGCGCAGCAACGUUACCGCUAGUUAGCGGCUACGUUAGCUGUCUCGGCUAAUCGGACGAGCAUCAUUGUUCGCUGGAGUUGUAUGGGCCGUUUGUUAUGGGUCACGCUUGUGUUGUCGCUCCAUCACUUACACUCGGUUCACGGUGCAGGAAACAAAGCCAAUAACUCGGAGAAAACAGCCAAGAAUACGCGCAGACGAUGAUGACACUGAUUGCCACCCCAUAGUUUUCCUGCCAGCCAGCAUCCACCAUGAACAUCAUUCAAGACAAACUAGGCAAUGAAUUCCUGCGCUCCAACGGGAGCAUGGACUCCAAUUUCGGCCCUGGCAUGAUUAUGUUCAGCCACCUCCCCCCGGUGACCAGCUUCACCCGUCUGGCUGCCCACUCUGUCAUGCAGGACCUUCCACCUCAAGAAAUGAUCCUGAAGAAGGAGCGUGAUUCACCUGACUGCAGCAUGGGCUCCCAGGGUGGCCGUGCGGGGGUGGAAGACUAUGUUCACGCCAUGGGUAUCAAGCAGGAGAAGCCGUCAGAGCACGAUUAUCGCCUGCCGGUUUAUCCAGGAGUGCUGGGGAAGAGCACAGAGCUACUGGAGGUGACAGUCAGUAACAACCAGAGCCUGCUGGUGCAUGACUUCAACAUGGGCAACCUGCCGAGUCAGUUAGGAAAGGAGCCCACUGGGAGAAAAGGUCGAAAGUCAAAUGGUGAUGGACAGGAGGGUAAACCAAGAAAGAAGAGAAGCGAGGCAAAGCAAUCAGUGAUGCUGAAUGCAGAUGGAGGCAGCCUGUCGCCGGGAACCAAGCCUCACAUCUGUGAGCACUGCUCUGCAUCCUUCAGAAGCUCCUAUCACCUACGCAGACAUGUCCUCAUUCACACAGGUGAAAGACCCUUCAGAUGCAAUCAGUGCAACAUGAGUUUCAUUCAGAAGUACCUUCUCCAGCGACACGAGAAAAUCCACAGUGGAGAGAAGCCGUUCAGCUGUGACCAGUGUAACAUGCGUUUCAUUCAGAAGUACCACAUGGAGAGGCACAAGAGGACACACAGCGGAGAAAAGCCGUACAGAUGCGAGACCUGCCAACAGUAUUUUUCUAGGACAGACCGACUGCUUAAGCACAAGCGAACCUGUGGAGAAGCCAUAAAGAAGGGGCUGGAUCCCGGGAUGAUGGACCUGGGUUGUGUAGACAUGGGACAUGGCAGCUAUGGAAUUACUCAGGGAAAUACUGGGGCUACUGGGAGAAAGAGGGGAAGGUCCAAAAAUUCUGGAGAGGGAGGGGAGCGCAAGAAGAAGGGGGAUGGAGGGGGGGUGAGGGUACCGCACAUUCAUGGGGCUGUAUCUGGAGGCUACAGCAUCCAUGAAUACUCUAUGGAGAAUCAAACAACAUCUUCCUCUACUGAGCCAGGACCCAGCAUGCAGCAGGUCCACCACGGCCGAGCUCCAAAGAUGGCAUUCAAGAAGGCCAAUCGUAAGAGCCUGGACAAAGCAGGUCUGGGACAGGCCAAAGCAGGCUCAUUGGAGCAGAGUGGGCGCAUGGAUGGCCUUGGCCUCAUGCAGGGUAACGGGGUUAAAGUAGGGCCCAUCAGCAGCAACUACGACGACGCCAUGCAGUUCCUCAAGAAAAGACGCUACCUUCAAGCAGCAAACAAUGCAAACUCAUCAGGGCCAGUGGUGGUUGGAGGAACCAGUAGUGAGUACGAUGUCGGCAUUGGUCACUUAUCCUCCCAGCAGUCUGUCAUUCAGGGUGUCGUUUCCAGUGUGAUGGACAAUGAUGCACCUCUGAGUCUCGACAAGUCGGGGAUCCCAGAUGAGGUGCUGCAGAGCCUCCUCGACCACUACACCCAGAAACCUGACGGCUCGCACCACGACGUUCACUUUGACAUCGAUGACCACAACGUGGACCUGAACCCUGCCUCAGCUGACAUCGGCCACAACACCGACACCUCCAGUCCAUCUGGAGACAAGACUGUCAUGAUGCAUGAGUACUCGCGCUUCCUGCUGCAGGCUUUGGAGCGCACCAGCCACAGUGCCAGCUUCGCUCUGAGCCCCAGGCCUCCCGCCUCAGGACCAUUCACCAGUUCCCACCCAGGAAAUCCUCUCUAUGCUGACAAGAACAUCUACACUACGUCCCCACUGGAGUGUGGGUUUGGCCAGUCGGUGGCCUCGCCUUCGCUACCCUCCUCUGUGCCAAAGUCUCACUUUGCGAUGCUGACGGGGUCCUCACCACAGCACAGCUUCCACCUGAGCAGCCUGGAGGCCUCGACACACCAGCAGCUCACCCCUUCUCAGGAGCUCACCGACCAGAUGGAGAAGCAGCACUCCUCCACUCCCCCUUCCUCCUACCAGAUCAGCCCAUCUGACCUGAGCAGCCAGAAGGACCACCCACCAGUCAAGAACGGCACGGCGGUCUACCCUCUGGCUCCCUCACAGAAUCUGGCCUCUCUGGACUCCUCCAAGUCUUCCUACCAGAUAGAAAACUUUGCCCAGGCCUUUGGCUCCCAGUUCAAGCCAGACAGCCGUGGCUUGUCUUAUGGCACGGACGCUAGCGGGGAGGUGGAUCACAGGAUACGGACGCCUGUGUCUGAAUUCUCAGGGUAUAGUAGUUUGUUAUCUGAUGUCAAUGAGCCAGUAAGUACAGGUUCCAAAACUACAACAAGCCAAAGCUACAGAUGAGAGCCUGAGAUGGAGAGAACACACUGUCGUUAAAGUUGUUCUUAUUUUAAUUUUUAGUGCUCCUAUUUUAUUAUUAUUAUAUUAUUAUUGUUAUUAUUUUUUUAAGUAACAUCUUUCAUUUAAUUAUACUGAUGCUCUGUUUUUGUGCCCACCCCUCUCCCCACAGUAAGCCUGCAAGGCUUCCUGCAAAUGCAACAUUUUUUAAGUAUCUGUUAUUUUUAAGUUAAAUAUGAAUUUUCUGUUUUCUUUACUGUUUUACUGUAUUCUUGUCAUAUUAGUGACAUUAGGUCUGGUCAUUAAUCAUGAGCUGAAAGUACUUUUUAAACAUAGAGUAGCACCGGACGUAUUUCUUUUCCAGUGAGCUGAAGUGUUUGAAUCAAUCAACUUUACAAUUGUAAAAUAAUAAUGAAAAUAACUAUGAUGGCAGGGAAUAGCCCACAAAAUUGAAAUUGCAAAAAAAAGUUGUCUGUUACAAGGUUGAAAGUAUUACUCAGGAAAAAAGUGGAAAAGGAGAAGCAUACGAGGUGCAAUGAGCACUCUUUUCAGAAGUUUAAGUUUGCAACUUCAAAGAGGAUUUUUCUUAUGUUUUAUUACUUGUUGAAUGAGUGUGACAUAAACAGACUGCUGCCAGCUCACUUGAGCACUGAAAACACUUUCUACUUGGCUAUAUAGAGAUUAUGGUACUUGGAUUAUGGUGUCAAUGUGAAACUCAUGUUUUCUUCAAUAAGGGCCAUAUAUAUAUAUCUAUAUAUAUAUUUAUAAGAAUAUAUAUUAUGUAAAAUAACAGAUUUAAUAAUUCUGGGGAACUGCCAGUUGAAGUAGAGGAAGAAUGAGGGCUGGUUGGGGGGGUAAAUGUUGUCCUUGGUAUAUUUUUGGAGAACAAAAGUGAUGUUAGGGCUUUUCUUUGGCCAAUAGAGGUUGCUGUUGGACAGCAAUAGAAUGGCCUUCCCCUUUUCCUGCCCUCCACUACUUCUUCAGUUCUCUUAUUUCUUUAAAAGAAUUCGAUUAGCACUUUGAGCCGUUUUUUUACAUUGAGCAAAGUACCCCGUCGGAUCAAGGAAGCUCAAACAUCAGCAAUGGACUUGAUUAGACAGAUAUGUUUGGGCGUAUGCAGAUGGAGUGUCUGGGUUGAACAUAUUUUGGGUGUAUGAUGGGGAUACCCUUUGUUUAGGGAGCAUGGUUUUAUAUGGGAUGGUGGGCGGCGGGGGGGGAUUUUUCAUUAACAUUUUCUCUUUCUCCUUACUUUUAGAAAGGGUUUAGCUUGGGUGGGAGGGAAGGGGGGAUAAUGUAAAUGUAAUUCAAACCCUUAGUUUUAGUUUGACUUGUUACCCAACUUAGCAGCUUUGCUUUCUUACUGAAUUCGACGACAAAGGUGACAAAAGUGAUCAAGUAUUUCUUCAGCUGUUACUGAGGCAGCCAAAUCCAGUAUGAGCAAAUAGAUGGCUGACUAAACAUUUGUAUACAUUUAGAUCUUUCACGUGUGCUGGCAGUACCAUGUAUGUCCCGUUAGAAAUUGGGUGCCUAUUCCUGAGAACCACGGGUGCAAGAUAUUGUUUAGUAAAUGUUAAAUGUAAUUUCUUGCUAAUUUUUAAAUGUAUUUAUGCUGUACAUUUUUUUUGUUUUUUUGUAAAAACAACAAUAAUUGCGCUGUCUUCCAUAGCUACAACUGGCCUUGAGUGCUGGAAAUGAUAUCGCUCUGCUGAUUGAGUCUUUAAACCCUUUUACACCCCGAUGGCCUGUUGUUUUAAGCAAUCAUUAAACAUGGCAGAGUGAAUGCAAUGCUGUAAUAUCUUAAAUAAUAUGUUGCCAUGUUGGAUCGGUUGAGGCGUAAACAGGAAUUUGCCUUGCAUAUACCUCAUAUCACAGUAAACCAGGGACAAAGGAGUGAAGGUUUGAUAUAUGUAGCAGAGAUGCUGUUGUAUGUUAAAAAAAAAAAAAGUCAUGUUUCUGUGCAACUAUUUUUAAACAUUUGUGUACAUGACAUUUAUGUGACCCAUAAAGACGUUUCUUAAGGGUUUCUGUAAAUGUGUCAUGCUAACCAGUGUUUAGUCUCUUCAGUUCAACCUCCUCUCCUCCAGAUCUGAUUUGUCAUAUUGUUUCAAUAUGUUUGUUUACAAAAAACUGUUACAAAACACUACAUCUUUCUUUACUGAAUUCUGACCCUGUAUACAUUUUAUUUUACCAUCUUUUUUCCCUUUUUUUAUCACCGCCAAAUUUUGUAGUUGAUGAUGAUGAUGAUAUCUCCAUUUUUAUGUUCUUUCAGGUUCUUGUGACGUGAUUCACAAGACUGUACUUGUCCAAUGAAUUUAAAACUAGGGAGAAAACAAUAAAAAAAAUACUGUUAUCAAGAA